AUGAAGUCGAGCGGGAAUCAACUGUUUCACAUUCCGUAUCGUUUUGCAGAGUGUUCUCAUCUUCGGUACCUUAAUAUUAGAGCGAACAACUUCCGUGAAUUUCCCAAGGGUGUUUACAAAUUGCCGCUCCUCGAAAUCUUGGAUCUCAGCCGUAACAAGAUUAGCCAACUCCCCGAAGAAAUAAAGAAACUGAGUUCUCUACGGGUUCUGUCUGUGAUGCAGAACCGCCUUGAUGAUCUGCCCCUUGGGGUCUCUGACAUGAAUAAGCUUCAGAUCCUGAAGGUUGCUGGAAACCCCCUGCGGAACCCGCUACGAGAGCUCUUAGAGACUUCAGAAACAGAUAUUGCACCCUCCACUAUGACAGAUAACGAAAAAGAGGUCGCGGUAACUGCAGAGCUAAAACGAUUUCUGAAGAACAAGCAGCUUAGCACGACACCAGAGAAUGAAAAGGGCAACGAUGCAAGUGAAGCAAUUUGGGACACUCCUAAACCCGUCAAACGUGGAAUAAGCAGUCGCUUCCCGGUCAUCCCAAGUACAGGCGACAUCUCUUGUGAUCCUAAAUCACCGUCACUAUCGCGGCCUCCACCAAUUCCACUUAAAUCCCAUUACCGCAUUGCCUCAGGCCAGGGCAUAGCUUUCAACAGUAUCCUCCCACGACCUGGCACAUUCAUCCCUGGUGUCAAUGAACGCAAUCGGAGUAACAGUGAGGGUAUCAUCCAGGCAUCCAUUGCCGCGCGAAGUAAACGGAUGGGAGUCAUCAGGAAAAAUGCCGAUCUUGGGAGAUUGGAUGAGACCCAGGCGUAUCGAAACAGUCACCUUCGUGGUCUCAGCCAUGGAUCGAUCCUUCGCCCAAGAGCACCGGGCGCGGCAGGCAGUAACUCGUCCAGCCCAAGCAGCCCAAGGGAGCGUAGGCGCUUGAAGGAUAGUUUUGUAAACCGGAUGUCAAGCCUGCCGGAACACAAGUGUGAAAGAAAAGCAAGGGAAUCGAUUAUCGAGUGUGGAAAGGGGGUCUUGUUUGCCCUUUUUCAGGUUCAGUCUCAUGUAUAUGCUCUGAUCAACGUGAUCAAACGCGAUGAUACCCGGCGAAACAGUCUCGAGAUAGUCUUUUAUAACGCUUCUACUCACGUUGACCGACUCAACGAUGCUCUUGAGUAUGCGGAAAAUGCUCAACUGGAUGAUGCUGACUUGGUACGCCUAUCCAAUGAAGCAGUCAAAAGGGAAUGCGAGACGUGUAUCAUGGCAUACACUCACGUUGGCACGCAGCUACGCAAUAGCCUUGGCAAGAUUGUCGCCAAUGCAGAUUCACGCUAUGUACGUUCGCUGAUGCUAAUGAUCUACAGCAGCAUCAUUGAGCUUCGCAAUGCUUGUGUGAGCCUCGGUGUUCCGCUGCACACUUGCAAACGUCUCUCUUCCACCAAACCGCCUAUACCGGAAAUAAACAGAGAGAUGGUGGCAUCAGAUAGACUCACUGCAUCAACAGUGACCCCAACUAGAGGCAGGGCGCCGUCUCUCUCGGUGCGUCGCUACCGGAGUGACACCACUAUCCAGCACCCUCAGAUUCUUACUAGUGGGCCAUUACAGACAGCAUCCAAUUUCCACUCUGCGAUUAGCUCACCUGGGUUUGUCUCUACUCCAUUCAGUUACGCAGCACGAAGUCGAUCAAGUAGUCGGUCAAACCACAUAAACACAUCGAUACCCUCAUCCCUUGCGACUCCCCGUUCCGGCGAGUCCUUCCCUCCAAUGCCUAGUACAGUUGUACCUAGGAUUAACCCCUUGACUGGCUUGGAUGAAAUCGAAGAAGAGCGAACAUUCGAACGGAUCUUUCAUCAGCUCACUACCGCAUAUAGUGCCGCUCUACAGGCAUUGCCUCAGACGCGCCGUCAAUUUGUCCGAUGUCUUGAAUUAGCAGAACAAACCCGAGAAUCCGAAGGUAUCCAGAUGCUCUGGCACAACCUCAUUCGGCGAUGUCGCGUGUGCCUGGAAGUAUCUGAGGCACUUGGACUCCGUCUUACCAAUAUGAAGAUAAAGGAACCCGGUGGCGGCAUGCGCAACCAGCGCGAGUUCUGGCAGUUAUGCAAGGCAUUCAUGCAAUCAUUCGUUGAUCUUGUGACAGACAUGCGUGAAGUCAAGAGCAUGCAUCUUCUUCCUUCUGAGAUCGUCAUGUUCCUUCGUCCGGUACAGAGGGCCAGUCGAGAAGCCGGUCGGCUGAUCGAGGGUUCUCCUUGGUCAUACCUCGCAGACAUGACAUCUGGAAACGCACCAGCAAACAUUUACGGGCCCCCUUUACAGUCACAACAUUCACAACAUCAGAUCAGUACAAGCCUGUCACCACAGUCUGUUACUCUUCCUGCAACACCAUUGAGUGCUGCUCUUGGUCCAGCCGCUCAGGCCACGGUGCCAUCCACCCCUGCAAGUGCGUACAGUGACAAAUUUUUCGAGGGAGACGUGUUUCAGAGGGCCGACUCUCUACUUUCCAUGCCUAACCAGGCACCAUUUUUCAGUCGUCGGUGA